AUGGCAGAAGAUGCACUUAUUGUCACAAGAAUGAAUUUGGGUCCAGCAAAAAAGCAAGCAAAGUUGCAUGAUGGUUGGUACAUUAACAAGGAAGGAGAGAAAUGUAUUCAAAAGAUGGUUUUUGGUGAUGAGGCUGAUAUUGAGUUAAGAGGUGAACCAAAAGGGAUCCAGUUGGUAUUGACUGAAGUGGAUUAUGGCCAGCAGAGAAAAUUAGACUUGUCUGUGAUCAGUGUUUUGAUUAGAUUUAUUUUGGUACAAAAUCGUCAAGGUAAAACUAGAUUAUCCAAAUGGUAUGUUCCUUACGAAGAUGAGGAAAAAAAUAAAAUAAAAGGCGAAGUCCAUAGACUCGUAGCGCCUAGAGAUCAAAAGCAUCAAUCAAAUUUUGUAGAGUUUCAAAAUUAUAAAAUUAUAUAUCGCAGAUAUGCUGGCUUAUUUUUUUGUGUAUGUGUAGACGCAAAUGAUAACGAAUUAUCAUAUUUAGAAGCGAUUCAUUUUUUUGUUGAAGUUUUAGAUACUUUUUUUGGGAAUGUUUGUGAAUUAGACUUGGUCUAUGCAAUUCUUGACGAAGUUUUCUUGACAGGUGAAAUUGAGGAAACAAGUAAAAAUAUUGUAUUAACAAGAUUAGAUCAUUUGGAUAAAUUAGAAUAA